AUGGAGGAGUUCCAUGCAUCAGACGAGGAGGCCGAGGUCAGCGAAGACGAAGGCGAGGACGGCACAGAAGCAGAGCUUGAAGAAGAGGAGGAAAACGAGGAGGGUGGCGAGCUGUCGGACUCUGGCGAACAGUCUGGCAUGCAGAUGCCCUCGAAUCGCUCUACCAGGCGGAAGGGCGGGAGGUCACAGCGUGGGCGUGGCAUGUCUGGCCGCGCUGCUCCUGGUCGUGUGGGCACCGGCCGCGCCGGCAGUGCUGGUGCACCAGCCGGUGGCCGGGCUGGCGGCCGUGCUGGCAGAGGUGGCACGCGAAUCUCAGUGGGAAAGCCUGUCGCCCGACCUGGUGGACGCUCUGGAGGCCGCGGCCGCGAAGGCCAAAGUGGCCGUGGCGGCCGCAGCGGUCCGCCGAUGGGCAAAGGCGGAGGUCGCGCAAACGCACGAGGCGCUGUGGCAGGUGGCGGUGGUAGAGCUCCUGGACGAGGAGGGCGAGGAGGGCCACAGGGUGUUCGUCAGCGGCUACUCCGGCGGGCGCUGCGCCAAAGACGACAGCAGCAGAAGACCAGGGACCUCUCCCUCAGUGGUGGUCGCCAAGAGAUGAGCGGCAAGGGCCAGGCCAAGGACGUCUCUAGCCCGAAGCAUGGGGACGAGGACGACAAGGAGCACAUCGGAGGCAACCGCUGGGCCGGUGGCACAGGUGGGGCCGACACUGCUGGGCUCGGUGGCCGUGGCGGACCGUAUCGCCUGGAGAAACCCGGCCAACGAGUGCGACAAGUCAGCGACGAGGCCAAAGCCCAGGUCUCUCAGGAGGCGAAGGAAGCGGCCCGCCAGCUGGGCGAGGAGGCACUGAAGCGUCGAUUGGAGGAGAUCCAUCUGAGCGGUGGCGACUACAACUUCUACAGCUCGCUGUUGGAAGCUGUCCAAGGGGAGGUCGAGCGAUUGCGAGCCGUGCUCUCCGGUGCCGCUGCACGUCAGCGCGAGCGCCACUGGCGACGCGGCUCCGAAGGGGAGUUGGACGAGACACGCUUGGUGGAUGCCUUGGCCGGCGAAUCCAAUGUCUUCAGGCGCCGUCGGGAGAGAGAGCCUCGACCGGGGGAGCCACCAAUGCAGCCGAAGCGGGCGCUCUUCCUUUUCGACGCCUCAGCGUCGAUGUACCGCUUCAACGGCACCGACGGCCGGCUCCGCAGGACCUGCGAGACGGCUGUGAUGAUCAUGGAGGCACUUCAGGGCUUGGAAUCUCGCUUUGACUACUCCCUGUGCUGUCACGACGGAGACAGCCCCUUGCAGGAGCUUGUGCCGUUCGGUCAGCCGCCUGCCGAUGAACGAGCACGCCUCACGGUGGUGUCGAAGCUUGUGGCUGCUGCCCAGUACUGCAGCUCCGGGGACAACACCCUAGAAGCCAUCGAGAAAGCCGUUGAGAAGGUUGCUACGUCCGGACCUGCCGACGAUCGUUUCGUCUUCGCUUUUUCAGAUGCGAAUUUCGAGCGGUACGGGCUCACGGCGCAGGCAUUGGGGAAGGCCAUGAACUCCCAAGGGCCCGGCAGCGCUGAUGAGGUGCGCUGCAUGCUCUUCCUCCUCGCCACCUUCGAGGACGAGGCUCAGGGUACCUACCCGGGCAUUGAAAGCCCCAAACAUGACAGUCUUGAGCCUUAUGACACUCUGAACCUUUUCGGCACAUCUGUCACACUUUAUCACAUCAUCCCGAAAACACGGCUCACCUACAAAAAUCUCGCAUUCGUUGACAUCAUGUGCUCUUGCACAAAACACAGACGGUCGACAACCCUGGGUUGUGGCGCAAAGCCAAAGCAUGUUUGA